CUCACUCCUCUGCCGGAUGAGACGCGCGAGGAUGCGGACUUAGGGGAAUGACCAGCCGCCAGUGAAUGAAUGAAGCGAACCGCAGUAACCACACGGCUCUAGACUGACUGAAGAUGGUCUGUGCAGGUGUCAUGUCUGCCGUCCUGCUCCUUUCUCCCCUGCUGCUCCUGACCUUUCCCACACACACUCAUGCUUCUGCAGAGAACUGCUCUGCCUCUGGAGACCCCUGUCAGGAGGGUGUGGUUCUCCCCGUAUGGAACCCACAGAACCCGUCGGCGGGGGACAAAGUGGCCCGGGCCAUCGUCUACUUUGUGGCUUUGAUCUACAUGUUUCUGGGCAUGAGCAUCAUCGCAGACCGCUUCAUGUCUUCUAUCGAGGUGAUAACAUCACAAGAGAAGGAAAUUACCAUAAAGAAAUCCAACGGGGAGACCACCACAGCCACAGUGCGGAUCUGGAAUGAGACUGUGUCCAACCUGACCCUGAUGGCCCUGGGCUCUAGCGCUCCGGAGAUCCUGCUCUCUGUGAUUGAGGUUUGUGGGCACAACUUUGAGGCAGGCUCCCUUGGGCCGAGCACCAUCGUGGGCAGUGCUGCAUUCAACAUGUUUGUGAUCAUCGCCCUGUGUGUGUAUGUGGUCCCAGAUGGAGAAACACGCAAAAUCAAACACCUGCGUGUCUUCUUCGUAACCGCUGCCUGGAGCAUCUUUGCCUACAUCUGGCUCUACCUCAUCCUCAGUGUCUUCUCGCCUGGAGAGGUGCAGGUGUGGGAGGCAGUGCUCACCUUCCUCUGCUUCCCCCUGUGUGUGGUCCAGGCCUGGGUGGCUGACCGCCGCCUCCUCUUUUAUAAAUAUGUGCGCAAGCGUUACCGGGCUGACAAGAGCCGUGGCGUCAUCAUCGAGUCUGAGGGUGGGGACAUGUUGCAUGGUGGGGGUGGGGCUCUGGGCGGCUUCACUAAGAUGGACAUGCUGGAGCUGGAUGGCCAGAUGGCGCUCAACUGCCAUGGCACAGACGGCCUGAUUGAGGAGGGCAGGGCUAAAGACGAGGAGGAAGAGGCACGGCGGGAUAUGGCCAGGACUCUCAAAGAGCUCAAACAGAGACACCCCGAUAAGGACAUGGAGCAGCUCAUCGAGAUGGCCAACUACCAGGUGUUGAUGCAGCAGCAGAAGAGCCGUGCGUUCUACCGGAUCCAGGCCACCAGGAUGAUGAUCGGUGCGGGGAACAUCCUAAAGAAACAUGCAGCAGACCAGGCUCGGAAGGUGGUGAGCAGCCCAGAGACCCAGGCCCAGGAGGAUGAUCCCCACACAGUGCGGCUGGACUUUGAGCCUGCUCUGUACCAGUGCUUUGAGAACUGUGGAUCGCUCAAACUGAGUGUGUCCCGCAAUGGAGGAGACCCAGGAGUCACUGUCAAGGUGGACUACCGCACCGAGGAUGGCACCGCUAAUGCUGGCUCAGACUACGAGUUUGCAGAGGGCAUGCUGCUGUUCAAGCCCGGAGAGACCCUUAAAGAGAUCACUGUGGGAGUGAUUGAUGAUGAUAUCUUUGAAGAGGAUGAGUACUUCUACGUUCACCUGAGUAACCCGCGCGUGGUUGGCUACCCUGAGAUAGGUGCUGCCACCCCGGACCCCAGUGUCACACCCAAAGCUGUCCUGGGCAAAAACCCCACAGCCACAGUGACCAUCUAUGAUGAUGACCAUGCAGGGAUCUUCACAUUCGAGGGGGCCAGUCAGAGGGUGAGUGAGAGUGUGGGGGUCAUGGAGGUCAAGGUGCUGCGGACGUCUGGGGCCCGGGGUUUGGUGGCAGUCCCUUUCAGAACACUGGACGGUACUGCCAAAGGAGGAGAGGACUACGAGCUGGCAGCGGGGAAGCUGGAGUUCCAAAAUGAUGAGACCAUGAAGGUUAUCGAGGUGAAAAUCAUUGACGAUGAGGAGUACGAGAAGAACAAGACGUUCAACAUCGAGCUGGGGGAGCCUAUUCUGCUGGAGAUCGGACAGAAGCACGGCGACUCAAAUGAGAACAAGCCUCCAGUGGGGGCAGAGGAAGAGGAGGUGGCCAAGAUGGGCUGUCCCAGUCUGGGGGAGCACACCACACUGGAGGUGGUCAUCGAGGAGUCCUAUGAGUUCAAGAGAGCAGUAGAUGAGCUGGUGUGGCACUCCAAACAGAGUACUGUGGAUAAGCUGAUAAAGAAGACUAACCUGGCCCUGGUGGUGGGUAGCAGCAGUUGGAGAGAGCAGUUUGUUAGUGCGGUCACGGUCAGUGCAGGUGACGACGAUGAGGAGGAGAGCGGGGAGGAGCGCCUGCCCUCCUGCUUCGACUACAUUAUGCACUUCCUGACGGUGUUCUGGAAGGUGCUGUUUGCCUUUGUGCCUCCCACAGAGUACUGGAACGGAUGGGCGUGCUUCAUCGUGUCCAUCUCCCUCAUUGGGGUGCUCACGGCCAUCACCGGGGACCUGGCCUCACACUUUGGUUGUACCAUUGGCCUCAAGGACUCUGUGACUGCUGUGGUCUUCGUGGCUUUGGGCACCUCUGUUCCAGAUACUUUUGCCAGUAAAGUGGCAGCCAUCCAGGACCAGUACGCAGAUGCCUCCAUCGGAAACGUGACAGGCUCCAAUGCCGUCAAUGUGUUCCUGGGCAUCGGAGUGGCAUGGACCAUCGCUGCCAUCGCCUGGCGCUCCAAGGGCAAGGCUUUCCGCGUGGACCCAGGGAAUCUGGCCUUCUCCGUGACCCUGUUCACCAUCUUGGCGUGUGUGUGUGUGUGCACACUGCUGUACCGGCGCAGGGCCUCAGUGGCUGGUGGUGAGCUGGGCGGGCCUCGGACUUGUAAGAUUGUCACAUCGCUCUUGUUCGGCACGCUCUGGCUCAUCUACAUUCUCCUGGCUUCACUAGAGGCCUACUGCCACAUACCGUUCUUCUAGAGACCUGCUACCAGCUAGAGAGCAAAGUAUUAAAGAAAUCCUCAAAGUAUUAAAGAAAUCCUCAAAGUAUCAAAGUCUUUCCAUGGGGCAAAGACACAAAUGGGUCACAUCUGGGGUCACAUAGUGUUUCUACUCUGCAUCCACACUGACAUGUUGUUUUUCAAAUUGUAUCAAGAAAAUGCUGGAUUGCCUUGUCUCCAGAGUUGUCUAAAACUUCAGAGAAACUUGUUCUUAUCAUUUAAGCACACUUUGCCCUCUAAAAUAUAUAUUUUUAGCUAUAAUCAACAUUAAGGUGGCAGCUAUAGUUCAAAUCAAACCCAUCCAAACACAGAAAGUUACAAGACACUAAACACAAAAAAAGCACAAGGGUAAGUCUGUAAUUGUUUUGUAUUUGUGCAUUAAAAUUAUCUCUAUGGUACUGUUGAUGAUUCACAAUUUUACCAAAAUACCAGAUCAUCACAGGAAUUAGAUCACAAUUUGAUUUUCAUCACCAUAUUGCUCAGCCCUAGUCUUAACCAAGACUAGAUUGAAACUAGGGUUAAACAAGGCCUUACAUAAAGCAGGCUGUCCUGCUGAAGCAUUGUAGAUAAUGCUGACUUGAAAUUAUGCAGACUCCAGAAUUGAGGAGGUGUCUGGGCACUGCCACAACAUGAGAAGCACUGCUCCAGACUGGAUUUUCAGAUCUAAAUCACACUAUUCUUUUACCAUUAGCCUGAAAAUACCACUGAUUAUUAUCACUGUUAUGAUGUUGUUUCCUCAUCAAAAACAUACCUGGAUUUGUGUUUUCUUUCAUUCACACAUGUUUAACACACACAUUUGGCACAUUGCUAUGGCUGAUUACCGAUAUUUGUCAAUAUCAGUAUUAGCUUUAAAAAUUCAUC